CGACGCACCACAAGUCACAGAUGUCUUUAUGUUACGCUACGGAAACAUUAAUCUACCCACACAGAACAAGGAUGUAACAAACACAAAAUUUAUUCAAUUAUCAAAGGAUAAACAAUCUUGGUAGCUUGAUAAUAUUUCAUCAUAAGGAAGCAUCUGGACAUUUAAAACUGACAUUCAAAAAUUGUCACCCAAAACUGACAUCCAAAAAUCUCACAUUUAAAAGAAUAAUCUUAAUAGCAGAAACAAGAUAUUAAUAAUGAUGACAUUGAUCUAUUCAAAAGUGAAAUCAGGAAAACACAUGUCUCAAUAACCUGUCUUCAAAAUUAGUUUAAUCUUGAUAUAUGGUAAUUUGAAAAAAAAUUACAAUAGAUUUCAAUAGUGAGCUGAUAUACUAAUCACAAUCAAAUACUUAGUAAUCGUAUAUUCUUUUGAAAGCUCAUUUCUGAAUUCAAGAGGGACUACUUUCUGAAUUCAAGAGGGACUACUUUCUGAAUUCAAGAAGGACUACAAAGUUUUAACGAUACCCCAAACACUUUCUAAUACAAUUAAAGAAACUUACUCCAUUAGCGCACACAAAAAAUAAUUGCUUUACACUAAUGGAAAUACCGGAAUCUUCCGAGCCAACUCAAAUUACUAACAAAGUGCAAUACAAUAAUGCAUGGCAUAACAGCAAUGGAACAAUGGUGCAAAAUAUUACUGAUGAAGAACCAAGCCAGAUAUAUGAAAGACAGGUUGAGGUCGCUCUCUGGAUCUACAUCUCUCCUGUGUUAAUAAUACUAGGAACCAUCGGGAAUGGGUUGACAAUUCUAUUACUGCAGCGAAAGAAAAUGAGAUCAUCUUCAUGGAGUCAAUACUUAACUGCACUGGCAGUUGCAGAUCUAACUGUUCUCUACACAGGAUUGCUAGGAGAGUGGAUCCGAAAUCUGACUCACAACAAUGUUGAUGUGCAAACCCUUUCAAAUCCAGGAUGUAAGAUGUAUUUGUUUAUGAUGUACGCAAGCAUACAUUCAUCAGCCUGGAUACUGGUAGCUGUAACACUGGAUCGAGUAAUUUUUGUAUAUUUCCCAAUCAGAGCGAAAUAUCUGUGUACCGUUAGAAUGGCUAAAUACUGUUUACUGGGCAUGCUUGUAGCCAUUGUGGCCCUAAAUGUGCAUUUCUUCUGGACAUUUCACCUGAAGCACUAUGGAGGAUUACUUGGAAGUACAUGUUAUGCUAAAGAGGAUUAUUAUGAUUUUUGGUUAGAUACAUGGCCAAUGCUGGAUUCUUUCGUCGCUUCUUAUUUCCCAUUCCUCAUCAUGUUGAUCUCAAACAUUCUCAUAAUUGGCCGCCUUCUCUAUGCAAGGCAUCAACGGAUCGCAAUGACAGGGGCUACCCAGAAUUCAACAAGUAUGACACAAGUCACAGUUAUGCUCCUAACUGUCAACUUUGUGUUCCUUUUCUGCACAGCACCAAUAGUGCUUCUUCUUCAGGUUUUCAUCAAUGACAAUGCGACAGGGGCUGUGAAUGAAAGCUCUGAUGCACAAUUAAGUUUAGCAAGAGCAGCCCUCACCUUACUCCAGUAUACCAACAAUAGCACUAACUUUAUAUGUUAUUGCAUAAGUGGUCCACGCUUCAGGAAAGAACUUGUAUAUGUGCUUUGUGGUCACAGAGAAAGGAAUAACCCUUCCAUCAGCCAAGGAAACUCUCAUCAUACAGUCAAUGAUGGUAAAAGAAACCGGUUAAGUCGCAAACUAACAAUGACUGAGUUUUUACGCAAUAGUACUAAAGGAAGGCGUUCAAAUGGCAAUACAGCAUACGCCAAAGUGGAGAGUGCAUCCUCUGUAUGAUACUCUAAAGUUAUUCCAUAUUCUGUAUUUGCACUCGUCUUUGUCUCGCGCCAAUACAGAAUUUCUGGAACAGAAUAUAUCCUGCAUUGCACUCCAAAUCAUUCUAUAACGUUUUAUCUUGUGAUCUUAGGCCAAUACAUUUUACUUAGGAGAUAAUCCCUUGGAAAUGUUCUGUAUUAACUCUGUAUUGCUACUGAGAUUGUCCAUUCCAUACCAAUAUUUUCUGUAUUGCUAUGGAGGUGAUAAAUGGGGACAAUCUCAGUAGCAAUACAGAUUGGUACAGUACACAAACUGACCAAUCAGAGGGCUUCAUUUUACAGAUCAUACGAUAAAAAAAGUUGUCAACCUUGACAAUAGUACUAUAGUAUAUUUUACCAUGUACAUAAUGGGCAUAUUGGAAUAGUUAUCAUUAAAAGCACUUUGUGUCGAGAAAACAAAAUUACUAAAGCUUAUUCUAGACAUUAAUCAGCCUGAGGGUUCUAGUUUUUCAUGCAUUUUGGAUAUUAUUGGAUGUUAGUUCAAUAAAUCUUAUAUAUGUGAUUAACAUUAAAACUUAUGGUUUUCAUGUUUCAUUAAG